CGGAGGCCUGAAAACCCGGCAGCGGAAGCGGCAUGCUUGACUGGGGCGGUACCGCUGCUGCUGCUGCGUGUGGAAGAGGCGCUUGAGGUCGUUUGUUUGCGAGGUUCCUAUCCGGGGCUUUAUUCUUGUCAUUUGCCGAAGGAAGCUUUCCCGUCUCUAUGCUGGCCGCCUUGGGAUUGACGCCGCCAUUAUGAUGCCCGUCUUCAAAAGCAGCCGCCGCGACUUUGCCUUCGGGCCGUGGAAGCUAACGGCCGCUCGGACCCACAUCAUCAAGUCGGCCGACGCCGAGAGGUUAGCUGAAGAACUGCACAUGCCAUGCGUUCCAGAAAUGAUGUUUGGUGACAAUAUCCUAAGAAUUCAGCAUGAACUGCUCUUUGGCAUAGAGUUCAAUGCAACUGAUGCUUUAAAAUGUGUAAAUAACACCCAAGGAAUGGUUAAAGUUGCUUGUGCAGAAGAGUGGCAAGAAAGCAGGUCGGAGCCCGAACACACAAAGGAAGUUGUUAAACCAUAUGAUUGGACUUACACAACAGACUAUAAAGGAACUCUGCUUGGUGAAACACUAAAGUUAAAAGUUUCUUCCACAACAGAACAUAUAGAUACAGAAAAGUUAAAAGCCAAAGAACAGAUAAUGUUUUUUGAAGAAGUGCUCUUGUUUGAAGAUGAACUUCACGAUCAUGGGGUUUCAAGUCUGAGUGUCAAAAUUAGAGUAAUGCCUUCCAGUUUUUUUGUGCUGUUGAGGUUUUUCCUGCGAGUUGAUGGAGUUCUUAUUAGGAUGAAUGAUACAAGAGUUUAUCAUGAGGCCAACAAAUCAUACAUAUUGCGGGAAUAUACUUCUAGGGAAAGCAAAGUAUCAAAUCUAAAGCACAUUCCCCCAACACUGUUCACGGAACCUAAUGAGAUUGCUCAGUAUUUGCCUGUCAAGGAACAUAUUUGUGAGAAGCUGGAAUUUCCUGAGAACUCAUGCCGUGAAUCUGCAGCUGCACCAGAAGGCACUUAAUGAGAUCGGCAUAAUCUGAUGAACUUGAUAUAGAUCCUGUUCUUAUCUUCUUGGCCCUUAGCAGUGAAGAUGAUGGGUAAAGAGGCCUGGCUAAAAUGUCUGUAGCCUUGGGAGUUUUUCCUGUACCUUCAUUGUGUCUCUGUUUUGAAAAUGCUCUGAUGUAAUAGCAAACUGCCGUUUCUGAUAUUGGAGAUUAAGAUCCCAAAUCAGGAUCAGUUAUAUUAAAGUAUGCAACAUUUCAAGAAACUGCAGAGAUGUUCAAAAAUCAAAACAACACAAUAGUCCUUCAUAAGCGCAGUAACUUUUAAGGAUGUUGUUUUAACAUAGUCUUUUGUUAUAAAAGGACUUGUGUUUCAUAUAGUGUGAAAGAAAAUAAUUAUGUUUCUUCUCUAGGUUAAAUUUGAUUACUUUGUUGAAGAUCAUUGAUGCUUGAAAUUUCAAUUCAUUACAUUUAAUGUAUGUAGAAUGGUAUUAAUAAUCCUCAUUUGCUUGCUGCCUGUCUUAUCAGAUAUGAGCUUUGUUACCUUCUAAACAAAGCUAAACCAUUCAUUAAUUGUGAAACAAACAAGCUACAUAAUAAGUUGACUAAGUACAGAUCACAAUAGGAUCCAUUUUUGCCUGAUUCCUACCAUUUGGUCAUAAAUUAGAUGUUAAUAUGGUAUCAUAGAUUAAAAUUGUUAAUGCUCCUUCUUGUCAACCUGAAGUUACCUCCUUUUUAAAAAAUUGCAAGUUUAUAUUGAUUACAUUGUUAACAAAAAGUAAACUCAUAAUAUUUGUAACAAUAUAAAAUACUAGUAUUGGCUAUUGCAACUCUGACAGACAUGCAUACUUUCAGUUAUCAGUAUUUUUGAUAAAAAUUAUUGCACAUAUAUUUAUAAAAUAGUUAUCAAACUGCACCAUUCAUAUAUUUCUUAUAGAAGAUAAACUGAACUGUUGUAGAGAAGUUGUUUCAUCAGUUUAUUUCUAAAACUCAUUUUCAAUUCCUACAUUUUGGUAUAUCCAUCCUCUUAUAUUUGACACAGGGAAAAUAAUAUUUGAGAUUUGGUAAUAACAGAAUAAUAAAUUUUAGGUUUGUUUUCAUAUAGUCUCAUACAAAUUCUCAGUCUGAUACAGUGUAAAUACAUACAUUUCUCUGAUAUGAUUUUUCUUAUCUAUUGCCUCAAGAGAGAAGAAUUUGAAAAUCAAUAAGACUGCUUGUUUCAUCCUUUUUUAUUCUGUGUUUCAAUUUUCUUACUUGAAAAAGCCAAAUAACUAACCCUUUCAGAAGUACUAAUAUAAGGCAGUCUAAUUCAGUGUCCAUUAAAUUAGCAACAAAUUGCAUUGGGCCUUAUGCAGUCAGUGUGUUAAGAUAUUGGUUAGCUUCUAGGUUUUUAAACUUUACUAAGCCUUACCUGAAACAUUGGAUGUUCACUACUUUAACAUAGAUGCAUAGCUAAGAAAUCAGCCAGGCAGGGAUUUGUUUUGUUUUGAAAAAGAGUAUUUUUCCCAAAUACAUAUGUUGACUACAUAAUUUAUUAAGAAAAAUACAUCAAUCCUAUAUUUUGAGAGAGCUUUAACUGUUUAUACUUCAUAGCUAGUCAUGCUUGUUGUCAUAUAACAAAACAGAACUGAUGAUUAGACUACAAAAGUGAUUGGGAUAAAAUAGAAGAAGAAACAAGCAAAAAGAUUUCAAAAACAAGGGCAAACAACACUUAACAAAUAUAAAAUUAGUCAUAUUUUAAAAUUUUUCAAGAAGCUAAAUUUAUUCUAUUUGUCCUACAACAAUAGUUGCAUAUAACAGACCAGAGAGGGAGAGAAAACUGGAUCCUUAUCCCUGGAUCCUUAUCAUGCAUGUUCUACUUGACAUUUAACAGUAGUGAAAUCUCCUGUGUGGGAUUUGUUCUUGUAAACAUUUCUUUGUGAAAUUAACCAAAUUCAUACCUUCAAAAGGUACAAUAUACCAUCAAUAUUUACAACUUUAAAGUUAAUGGAAGCUAUAUUGUAUAUCCCUUCAUUUCAAUAGCACUUGUGCAGAACUAUUGGCUAAAGUUGUACUCUUGUAAGCAUGAAAAAGGCUUAUAUUGUUUAGUCAGAAACAUGUAAUGGGUUUGUGUUCAGUCACAAAAUAAAAAAGUUGCAUUUA